AUUCUUAUACCAACACAUAUAUACAUACAUAACAUAUUAUAUAUACAGACCACCACCACCCUCCUGGUCUUAUAAGAAUCAUAGGAACAUCAUUUGUUAAUAAAACAGAAAUACUAUUUCUCCAGUACUGGUCUCUUAUAAUUAUUAGAUUUGAGCUAUGAUGGCUUCUUCCUCGGAACUCACCCUUAAUUGCAAACCCCACAAUAGUUAUUCUAUGCUGCUCAAAUCAUUUGGAGGUGAUCAUCUUGGUGCAGUUAAUGACCAGAAUCAGACUCAGAAGCUUGAAGACUUCCUUUCUCGCCUUGAGGAAGAACGUCUCAAGAUUGAUGCCUUUAAGCGUGAACUUCCCCUUUGCAUGCAACUUCUCAACAAUGCCAUGGAGACUUUCAGGCAGCAGCUACAGACGUAUCGUGCAAGCCAAGGUGGACAGCGGCCAGUUCUUGAAGAAUUUAUACCAAUAAAAGUACAAUCAAAUUCGGACUGUUCUGAGAAGACAUUGAACAUGUCUGACAGCAAGGCGAACUGGAUGACUUCGGCUCAGUUAUGGAGCCAAACAAAUGAUAAAACUAAGCAACAACAAACUAUAUCCUCUGCAUCUCCUAAAGAAACUCCGGAUAUUGGUUUUCUUGUUAGUCCAAAUCUAGGUUUAGAUGCCAAACAGAGGAAUGGUACUGGAGCUUUUCUUCCCUUCUCCAAGGAUCGGAGCUCGUGUCCUGCAGGCACAACACGAGGUCUUCCUGAAUUGGCUCUAGCACCACUUGAUAAUAAGGAGAUUGGAGAUAAGAAAUGCCUGGAAAUUAAUGAUAUCGGAAUGUCUAAUUGUUCAAGGGUUGAAAACCCUACGCUAACUGCAGGGAUGAUAACAGAACACGGAAAAACAGCAGGUGUUCAUGAAGAUUUACAAACAGUCAGCACCAACAACGGAAUCACCUCAACCACAACUUCUCAAACUCAUAGGAAGGCGAGGCGGUGUUGGUCACCUGACUUGCACCGCCGCUUUGUCAGUGCUCUUCAGAUACUAGGUGGUUCUCAAGUGGCCACUCCAAAACAAAUCAGGGAACUGAUGAAGGUUGAUGGUUUAACUAAUGAUGAAGUCAAAAGCCAUUUACAGAAGUACAGACUCCACACAAGAAGACCAAGUCCAAGCCCACAAUCCACAGGCACCGGAGCACCUCAGCUGGUGGUUUUAGGAGGAAUAUGGGUCCCAUCUGAGUAUGCCGCGGCACACCAUGGUGGUGCACCUUCCUUGUAUGGUGCACACCCUGGUCAUGUCAAUUCUCCACACUACCCAGUUCCCCAAGAAUACUAUUCAGCACUUGCACCACAAGCACAAGGCCACCACCAGCUGCACAACCAUACCUUGCACCAGCAGCUCCAUAUGUACAAGCAACCUUCUUCGCAGACUCAAAGCUCUCCUCAAUCCGACAUCAGGGGUAAUACUAAUGACCAGUCCGAGAGCAUUGAAGAUGGUAAGUCGGAGAACAGUGCCAGCUGGAAGAAUGACAGUGAAGGCGCCGCAGAGAAUGGAAGAGAAGAGAAGGGGUUAGUGCUUAGGGAAGAUGGGGAAGAGAGCAAUGAAAGUGACAUCACUCUUAAAUUUUAGGGUUAAGAUUGAUUAGUUUAUGUUUAUCUUCUAUUGCUGCAGCUAAUCAAUUAGUUUAUGUUUUCUGCAUUAAUUUAGCUAAAUUCGGAGACUUUAAAAGGUUGAGGGAGAGGGGUAUAUAGGGCAUAAGCAAACAUGACAGUUUGUUCUCUAUCCAUUUGGUUUAUUAAACUAAAGAUUUACAUGGUA